AUGGAGCAGGCAGCUCCCGACCCUGAGCGGCUUUUGCAGCCCGCGCCGCUGGAGCCGCUGAGCCACCCCGACACGGGGCUGGAGUCCGUGGUCGGUGAGGGAGCGAAGGGGGCCCGGGACGAGGGCCCCGGGGACGGCACGAUGACAGAAAGUAAUUUUUCGUUGAAGAAGAUAGAAAUUAGUGUUUCAGAAGCAGAAAAGCGAACUGGAAGAAAUGCCAUGAACAUGCAGGAAACAUAUACUGCUUACCUCAUUGAAACAAGGUCAGUUGAACAUAGUGAUGGUCAGAGUGUCCUAACAGACUCACUGUGGAGGCGGUAUAGUGAAUUUGAGUUGUUGAGAAACUACCUUUUAGUUUACUAUCCACAUAUUGUUGUGCCACCUCUACCAGAAAAAAGGGCAGAAUUCGUUUGGCAUAAACUCUCUGCUGACAACAUGGACCCGGAUUUUGUGGAAAGACGACGAAUUGGUUUAGAAAAUUUCCUCUUGAGACUUGCUUCACAUCCCAUCCUUUGUAGAGACAAAAUCUUCUAUUUGUUUUUAACACAGGAAGGCAACUGGAAAGAGACAGUAAAUGAAACUGGAUUUCAGCUGAAGGCAGACUCCAGGUUAAAAGCGCUUAAUGCAACAUUCAGAGUGAAAAACCCAGACAAGAGAUUUAUUGAACUAAAACACUAUAGUGAUGAACUCCAAUCUGUCAUCUCACAUCUCCUUCGAGUCAGAGCUAGAGUAGCAGAUCGACUAUAUGGUGUGUAUAAAGUACAUGGGAAUUACGGGCGAGUUUUCAGUGAGUGGAGUGCCAUAGAAAAAGAAAUGGGUGAUGGACUGCAGAGUGCUGGUCAUCAUAUGGAUGUAUAUGCAUCUUCUAUUGAUGAUAUUUUGGAAGAUGAAGAACAUUAUGCGGAUCAGUUAAAGGAGUAUCUUUUUUAUGCAGAAGCAUUGCGGGCUGUGUGCAGGAAACAUGAACUUAUGCAGUAUGACUUAGAGAUGGCUGCUCAGGACCUAGCAUCCAAGAAGCAGCAGUGUGAGGAACUGGCAACUGGGACUGUGAGAACAUUUUCUUUGAAGGGAAUGACUACCAAGCUCUUCGGUCAAGAAACUCCAGAGCAGAGAGAAGCCAGAAUAAAGAUGCUAGAAGAACAAAUAAAGGAAGGAGAACAACAACUUAAGUCUAAAAAUCUGGAAGGCAGAGAGUUUGUCAAAAAUGCUUGGGCUGAUAUUGAACGCUUCAAAGAACAAAAGAACCAUGAUUUAAAGGAGGCCCUCAUAAGCUACGCAGUCAUGCAGAUCAGUAUGUGCAAAAAGGGAAUUCAAGUUUGGACCAAUGCUAAGGAAUGCUUUAGCAAGAUGUAA